AUGGAAACCAGAACAGUCAUCAUAACGGCGAUCGACAACUCGACGGCGACCCCUCGUCUUCCUGGCUCGCCGCCGGCGUUGGACGAUCUCCUGGAGAGUUUAAAGAAUGGGAGGGCAACGAAACACCUUGUUGAUCACUUGGUGAUCUUUACUUUCGAUCCCCAAACUUUUCGUUAUUGCAAAUCCAUCCAUCCUCACUGCUUCAAAUACCCAAAAUUCAAUGGCCUCCACGACCAUCAGCCUCAUAAAUUUGUUGGCUUAUUUAGGAACGAGCUUCUACGGCAAGUGCUUGAAUUUGGUUACAACUUUUUUUAUACGGACGCAAUUUUGUCGUGGGAGAGGAAUCCACUUCCAUUGUUUGGAUCAGAAGACAAAAUUUCAAUUGGAUGUGAGUUUUACUCAACGGUUUCAAACACUAAGAAUGCAGAGUACUUUUAUAUGAAGUCUGGUCCAGUAUCAAUCGCCUUCUUCAAGAUGUGGAAGUUGAUCAACAUAAUAUAUCCUGAUACAGUUGUCAAUAAUUCUUUUUGUCAGCUGAGAUUUAAUGAUAAAUUUGGCCCAGUUGUCAAGUCAAUGAUCAAGUCUGUCGAAAGUACAAAGUAA